CAGCCGGUGAGAACGGAAGUCUAGUGUACAGGUCGGCUCGCAGAACGGCGCGCGCGCUCGCGGUCACCGAUACGUGAGGCAUCUCCGUGCUCGAACCAAGGACUCGCCGCUCUGUUUCUGGAGUCGUAAGAGGCACAGACGCGACACCGAGAUGCUGUGGACACACGUGGUGCUGCUGUCGGCGGCGUGCAGCGUGCUGGCCACGCCUCUGGCGCGCGCCUACUCGUACGACAAGGUGCUGUCGCUGUCGCUGCUCUUCUACGAGGCGCAAAGGUCGGGUCGGCUGCCGGCCGACAACCGCAUCAGCUGGAGGGGCGACAGCGCGCUCGAGGACCGCGGGCAGCGCGGCGAGGACCUGUCCGGCGGCUACUACGACGCUGGCGACUUCGUCAAGUUCGGGUUCACAAUGGCCAGCACGACAACCCUGUUGGCGUGGGGACUGCUCUCCUACAAGGAAGCGUACAAGUCGGCGGGUCAGUUGCAGUAUGCAGUGGACGCAGUGAAGUGGGCGACAGACUACUUCAUAAAGUGCCACGUGGCUCCCACGGAGCUGUACGGUCAGGUUGGCGAUUUCGACCUCGACCACAAGUACUGGGGUCGGCCAGAGGAGCUCAACAUGUCGCGGCCCGCCUUCAAGAUUGACGCCCAGCACCCAGGUUCCGAUCUGGCAGGUGAGACAGCAGCAGCCUUGGCAGCAGCAUCGCUAGUGUUCCGAGGGGACAAGCCAGAGUAUGCAGACCUGUGCCUACGUCAUGCACGUGAGCUGUACCACUUCGCAAACCAGCACCGCGGUCUCUACCACGAGAGCAUCCGGGGUGCCGAACCCUACUACGAGUCCACCGACUAUGGUGAUGAACUGACGUGGGCUGCAGCAUGGUUGUACAAGGCAACAAAUGAAUCACAGUUUUUGGAUGAAGCUGAGCACCACUAUAUGAAAUUCAGAUUAAAAGAAAGGCCAAAUGAAUUUUUUUACAAUAAGAAGGUUGCUGGUGUUCAGGUUCUGAUGGCACAGCUCACCAAACAAAAAGAGUAUGUGGAAGCUGCACAAGCAUUCUGUGAUUUUACUGUUGACCACCAAAAGAGAACACCUAAAGGACUGGUGUACAUUGAUAAGUUUGGAACACUCUGCCAUGCAGCCAAUGUUGCAUUUGUUUGUUUACAGGCAUCAGAAGCAGGUUUAGGAGGCAGGAAAUAUGUGGAUUUUGCUCGACGCCAAAUCAAUUACAUGUUGGGAGAUAGUGGACGAAGUUUCGUUGUUGGCUACGGAGACAAUCCGCCAAAGCAACCAUAUCAUGCUGCCAGCUCAUGUCCAGACUUACCUGCACCCUGUGACUGGGAAGCCUUUCGAAGCAAAGAGCCCAACCCGCAAGUGUUGUAUGGCGCACUUGUCAGUGGCCCAGAUGAGAAUGACUUCUUUGAGGACAAGCGUGAAGAAUAUGUUUACACUGAAGUGACUCUGGACUACAAUGCUGGCUUCCAGUCAGCUGUGGCUGGUCUUCUCCAGGAUGAACUGAGAUCUCUUAAAGUGCAGUGAAUGAUACAAAUACUCAUGGUGUCUUAAAAAACAUGAUUUCUGACAGUGUUGCUAUAACUCCCUCAGUGAUUAUGCUGAACCACCUUAAAACUUCUUGUAGUUUUAUGGGAGUAAAAAUGAGAUAUGAGGCACUAUAAGAACUUUGCUAACAGGAACUCCAUUUCAAAAUAAUUACAAUGUGUCAAAUCAAAGGACAAUUUCUUUUCGCCCACAAACAAUAAAAUGUUUACGUUGGAUUCAUAUAUUUCUUAACACCCCAAAACUAAAAAAAAUAUGUUACUGUGAUUGGUAGGUGUAAUUUUCACAUUUUCUCCAUGUAGUAAACAGUCCACAGCUUGAUGUAGACCUAUAAAAUUGUCCACUUGCGAAUGCAAUUUGUGCCAAAUUAAUCUGUGAUGGUAGAUAAAUGUUGUCAACCAGACCAGUGAUAAAACUUAAUAUCAUCAUUUAAAGUAGUUCUCUAGUAUCAGAGGAAUGCUUCAUGAAGAUUUAUGAUAGGAAAAUGUGAAUUCCUAUCCUGGUAUCAGAAACGAAGAAAAGCUGACACAGUGCUGGCAAUGAAAGCAGAGAUCUAGCCCUUAUUUCCACCUAAAAACACAAUCUGCAUUUGCUAUGGUACACUUAAUUACUGCACUGUAACAUUAGGGACAACAUGUCUGUUUUAUGGUCUGAAAGUAUUGUGUAGUUUUCUUAUUUUUCUCAAUGAACCAAGUGAUGAUAGCCUUAUAUUUCCAUGCAUUCAUGUGAGAUGUAAGGUGUGUAUCAUACAAGUAUAUACUUUAUGGAAAGUUUUGAAUUCUCUGAAAAUAACUGUAGAGGAACUCUCAAUGGUUUAAAAAUUCAUAUCCAUCCUUAUCCAACACACACUCGAUGCUAUAUGUCUUCCUUCUAUACCUACACUAGCAAAUAAAUGUAAUUUGAAAAGCCUUUAUUAAAGAGUUGAAGCUGGACAAUCAAAUUAAACAGAAAUGAAGUAGUAGAAAGUAAAAAAUAUUUACAAAAAUAGCCUAACAAAAUAAGUCAGAAGCUCAGAAACUUGUGCCGCACUUUGGAACAUACAUGUCAUUGUUCUGCAAUUUUUGUAAAAUAUUUGUUUUAUUAUUAUUAUUAUUAUUAGUACUAUUAUCUGUAUGUGUGCCAAAUAAAUUAUGUAAAUACUUUUGAAACUUGUAAAUUGCCUUUUAAUGAUAAAAUCAGAAGACUAUUGAAUUUAUACCUAAAACUGACCACUUUUAAGAGAGAAGUGCAUAAAAGUAGUAUGUAAUUGUGACUAUAAAUAAUGUUUCUCUUCUGGAGUCUCAUAAGAGUAUAUUUUCUGAGAAUGUAAUUAUGCUGAUGGUGCUUUCAAAAGUAGUAAAUUCUAAAAUAUAGACUGGAAUGAAUAUAUAUUGUGUGUCUUUGUUUAAGUUUAUAUGAUGUAAAAGGAACUUUCUUUGUUAGUUUAUCUAAUUAUCUGUGAU